GAAUUAAAAGGUGGAUCUAAAAAAGUUUUGGAGUGGUAUAGAAUUGGUAUACAAAAGUGUAAUAAAAUAUGGAAGUCUGAGAACCCAUACUCAUAUGCAAAUUCAAUCGAAGACGUGAACUUACCUAACUGGUACAUCAAUAAUAGUAAAUUUGAGAAGGUGAAUAUAUCGCCCGAACUAACAUCUCAAAUAGAUAUACCCAAGAAACCCAAUAUUGUCAAUCCUGAUCCCAUCGAAGUAAAGAGGAUGCGAAAACAGGGUGAAAUGGAACAAAUUGCAAAGAAUAUUUUUAGAUCAGAAUUGAACUCUUUCGAUCUUGAGAAUGAACUGAGAUGUGGAAAGAUAGAAGAAUUGGUACGGCUAAAUGAAAAUGAGUCAGGUCAUUCUAAUUCUCGCUCAUGUCAAAAUAAGAGUAAGAAAUGUGGAGUCAAGUAUUCCACAGAUUCGAAUACUGACACUUCUAAUACAAGCACUUCUUAUUCCCCCAAUUCAGGUUCAGAAGGUGUAU